ACGGAACACCGCUAACCUUGCCGAUCAAAUUCAUGAAUUUUCCCCUUCUCGAGAGCAAGAGAAAGAAAGAAAGAGAGAGAGAGAGAAGAGAUUGAGCAACGCAAAUGGCGACAGUUCAAAUGCAGAGAGUUGCAGUAUCGCCAGAGGAACAAGCCAAUAUUGACGCAGCGAAGAAGAACAGAAUUCAGGUUUCCAAUACCAAGAAACCACUCUUCUUUUACGUCAAUCUUGCAAAGAGGUAUAUAGAGCAGCACAAUGAGGUUGAGCUCUCUGCCUUGGGAAUGGCAAUCACUACAGUUGUCACUAUUGCCGAGAUUCUGAAGAACAAUGGACUGGCUAUUGAGAAGAAGGUGUCCACAUCUACUGUUGGAAUGAAAGACGAGAACAAGGGUCGUCUCGUGCAGAAGGCUAAGAUUGAGAUUGUGCUGGGGAAGUCUGAAAAAUUUGACGCUAUAAUGAAAAUGAAUGCUGCUAUACUUGCUCCAGAGGCAGUUGCUGAGGCAAAGAAAUGACAACAAACGUAGAGCCCUUCCAACAGUUCAUUGUUGUAGUUUAACAUUCACAUUGUUUUUUACGCUCUGCCUCAAUAGAGAUAAGUAGGAUAAUAGGUAGAUAAAUUUUUUUGUGAAGUUGCUAGUAUGAAAUAUUAAAGAGAGUAGAGAAAACAAUUAUCAUAAAUGAGAUGGCAGUGCAGAAAGAGAGGCUGCAGUGGUAUGCUACUCUCUAGUUUCAUCCUUUCACGGAGAAUUGUAAAGAUCUUCUCUUUUAUCAUAUGUUUCCUUCUAGA